GACGAGAUCGUUCCACGAAGACGACUGACGAGCCGAGACGAGCCGAGACGAGCCGAGCCGAGCCGAGCCGAGCCGAGCCGAGCCGAGCCGAGCCGAGCCGAGCCGAGCCGAGACGAGCCGAGACGAGCCGAGACGAGCCGAGACGAGCCGAGCCGAGCCGAGACGAGCCGAGACGAGCCGAGAUGAGCCGAGACGAGCCGAGACGAGCCGAGCCGAGCCGAGACGAGCCGAGACGAGCCGAAACGAGCCGAGACGAGCCGAGCCGAGCCGAGCCGAGCCGAGCCGAGCCGAGCCGAGCCGGGAGCGCAGCCGGAGAGAGAGCCGGGAGUGCAGCCGGAGAGAGACGUCGCUUCACGCGUCGGCACAACGAGCGACACAGCCAACGACGUCGCGGCGAAGGGCAGGAGGUGCGACGUUCGUCGGCAGCUAAGGGAAUAGAAAGAUCACUGGCUGCAACCCGCUGCGUCUGCCGAGAUACCAGCGAGUUGAACAGCUACGUCAACACUUUUGGAACCGCUACUACAAAGAAUACAUUUCACAGCUCCAAACGCGGUCCAAAUGGCAGCAAUCUCGUGGACAACUGGAGGAGGGCAUGCUGGUCGUCGUCAAGGAGGAGGACGCCCCGCCAGCCCGCUGGACCCUGGGCAGAAUAAUACACCUUCACCCUGGAGCAGACGACGUCGCGAGAGUUGCAGAUAUCAAAACCCAAGCAGGCACCAUAAGAAGGGCCUUCAAUCGAAUAUGCCCUCUUACAUGACCGAGGCUCUCACACUUGGCCCCCGGCACAAAUGACCCGGCUCAUAACACAGAUGACUUGCAGACAGCUAAAUCAGAAAGCAGAGAGCUACUUCAGAAUGCAGACAGCUACAUCAGAAAGCAGAGAGCUACUUCAGAAUGCAGACAGCUACAUCAGAAAGCAGAGAGCUACUUCAGAAUCAUCAUCAUCAUCAGCCCAUUAACGUCCCCACUGCUGGGGCACGGGCCUUCCCUAUGGAUGGAUAGGGAGAGAUACUUCAGAAUACUGAUAGCCAUUUCAGAAUACAGAUGGCCUUCACACAAUGCCCAUGACGAGGCCCUCACUCUUGGCCCCGGCAGAAUGUUGGCAACACCAACACGCGCGCGCAUGCGCGAUACAAAGAGCCAGAUGACAGGAGCGCCGCGCUGCGCGGGACCCGCCCACUUCUCGACCGACUCCGCCGCCGCCGCACGCGCGCUUGUUUAAUUCGUCACAUAAUUAUUUCGCUGUAAUCUAAAUCUAAAGUAAUUAAAUACAUUUUUAUACUUGUA